GGCCCAUAUGGUCGCUUCAGUCGCUUGGCGAACGCACGCACGUGGUUUCUGGUUCCUCUGUGGUGUGACAGUUGUAUUUUCCGAAUAAAAUGCCGGUAGGGAACGAGGAAGACGUGAAGCUGUUUCAAACGAUCGGCCUGAGCGAGCAGAAGGCCAAGGAGACCCUGAAAAAUGCGAACGUCACGAAGAAUCUCAAGUUGGCUAUAAGCGAGGCAGCUAAACAUGGGUCUAUCACUCAAGAUACUGGGGUUUUACUGUACCAUCUAGCUUCCAAGAUCAAAAACCAGAUUGCAGAUAAGAUACCGGUUAUUACUAAUUACAUAGUUGAGAAGAAAUUAGACAGUGUACAGAGGGUGGACGCCGCAUUGACUUACCUGUUAGCUAACGUGAGCAACGAUCUUGAUAUAACCAAGUUUGAAGAAUCUUGUGGCGUAGGAGUGGUAGUUUUACCUGAACGAAUAGAAGAGGAAGUGGAGAAGAUUAUAAAGGCGCACAAAGAUGAGAUAUUGGAAAAGAGAUACCGCUUUAAUUCUGGUCCAUUGAUGCAACAAGUACGCAAUAUUUUGAAAUGGGCGGAUGGUAAAGCGAUAAAGAAUGAAUUUGAUGUCCAACUCCUUGAUUUGUUGGGUCCAAAAGUUGACGCUGACCUUGCACCAGUGCCUAAACAAGUGAAACAGCCGAAGGACAAUCAGACAAAAGCAAAGAAGCCAGAAGUGAAGGAAGAACAAAAGGAGACGUCGACUGGUGAGAAGGGAGGAGCACAAACUAUAAGCGAACUCAUGAAGACCAAAGUUCACUUUCAUAAGCCUGGGGAAAAUUAUAAAACCGACGGUUACAUCGUGACGCCAAAUACUCACAAUCUGCUGCAGAAACAUUUGAAAGCCACUGGUGGCAAAGUGAUAACGAGAUUCCCACCGGAACCCAACGGAAUUUUGCAUAUUGGACAUGCAAAAGCCAUCAAUAUCAACUUCGGAUAUGCUGCCGCUUAUGAUGGUAUGUGCUACUUACGAUAUGAUGAUACAAAUCCUGAAAAAGAAGAGGAGAAGUUUUUUGUCGGUAUACGGGAAAUGGUGGAAUGGCUUGGUUACAAACCGGCUGCGAUUACGCAUUCAUCGGACUAUUUCGAGCAAUUGUGCGACUGGGCCAAAGAGCUUAUAAAAAAAGGUUUAGCCUAUGUUUGUCAUCAAUCUAGCGAGGAAAUAAAAGGUUUCAAUCCUCCACCGAGUCCUUGGCGCGAUAGGCCAAUUGAAGAAAGCUUGCAGCUAUUUAAUGAUAUGAAAGAUGGUUUGUUAGAAGAAGGAGAGGCAACCUUACGUAUGAAAGUGACUUUAGAGGAAGGCAAGCAAGAUCCUGUUGCAUACAGAAUAAAAUAUUCGCCGCAUCACCGAACUGGUGAUAAAUGGUGCAUCUAUCCCACAUACGAUUACACCCAUUGCUUGUGCGAUAGCAUCGAAAAUAUCACUCAUUCUCUUUGCACAAAGGAAUUCCAGUCGCGGAGAUCGUCUUAUUAUUGGCUCUGCAAUUCUUUGGAUAUUUAUUGUCCCGUACAGUGGGAAUACGGUCGAUUGAACGUCAAUUAUACUGUAGUUUCUAAAAGAAAAAUUGCCAAAUUAAUAGAAGAAGGAAUAGUGUCCGAUUGGGAUGAUCCCAGAUUGUUUACGUUGACUGCGCUGCGUAGACGUGGAUUUCCACCGGAAGCUAUAAACAAUUUUUGUGCUCAAAUGGGUGUAACUGGUGCACAAGCGACCGUCGAUCCUGCAGCGUUGGAAGCGGCUGUUAGGGAUGUUCUAAAUCUCACUGCUGCCCGACAUAUGGUGGUUCUAGAACCUAUCAAAUUAACUAUCAAAAAUUUCCCUCAAGAGAAUGCCAUAAAGCUCACCGUACCCGAUUUUCCUAACGAGCCAGAAAGGGGCCAUCAUGAAAUUACAUUUGACGAGAUUGUAUACAUUGAAGCCACAGACUUCAAAGAAAUUGAAGAGAAAGGUUUUAGACGCUUAACACCAAAACAACCUGUAGGGUUAAAGCAUGCAGGUGUCGUAGUAACGUUUGAAAGUAUCGAGAAGGAUGCCAGCGGUAACAUUACAAACAUAAUUGUUAGACAGGAUCCUGUUUCCGAGAAGAAUAAACCGAAGGCAUUUAUACAUUGGGUGUCCCAUCCAGUACUGGCAUCUGUUAGACUAUAUGAGCGUUUAUUCAAACACAAAAAUCCGGAGGAUACAAAUGAGGUACCGCAUGGAUUUUUAAGUGAUAUUAAUCCAUCCAGCAAAAAAGAAAUUGUAGCGUACAUGGACAACAGUCUAGCUAAAACAGCAAAAAUAUAUGAUAAGUUUCAAUUUGAACGUAUAGGCUUUUUCUCUGUCGAUCCCGAUACCAAACCUAAUAAGCUUGUUUUCAAUCGCACUGUAACAUUGAAAGAAGAUACAGGAAAGAUAUAAGUAUACUUUUUGAGAUAUAAUAUUGUAUCAUCAAAAAACAUUACUACUAUUUUUACUAUUGUCAUACUUUUUCUACGCUGAUGCAAGAUGCGUGCGUUACUGUGUGAUAGUGAAAAAUUUUGCUUUUAUUAUCUCUAAUAAAUAUUUCUUUUAUGAAUUUUUAAAUAAUAUAUUGUUUCCACGUAAUAUGUCAUUAUUAAUUUCAAGUUCCAAGUAAUAAUACAGUACAUAUUUUCAUAAUAUAUAUAUGUUAAUAUUCUUUUUUUUUCCAUUAUAUUAUGUCUU